ACAGCGCUACAGAAUUUCAGUCAAUACCCCCAAAGCGGCGCUGAAAUACACAUGCGACGUGUAAAAACCGUUUAAUUUACGACAUACCGCAUAAUUGUACACAAAAACGGAACAUUAACCUAAUUCUUAUGGCAUUUCGUUUCUAUUUUAUCGUUUAACGAGGUUUUUUAUGAUAGUGAGAUGUUUUUUUUUAAUAAAACAAGGUGUUUAUAGUGUGAUCGGGGCAAUAAAUCAUACGUGAUAUCGAUUUAGUGUUGGCUAACGAAAUCAAGUCAAAAAUGGGGUCUUCACUGUGGGGUACGAACGUCUACAUCGCGUCUUUCAUCAUUCUGUCCUGGAUAUCAAUUGUGGCCAGUAUAGACUGCUUUAAGUGCGUGUCUAUGAAUGGGCGAUCCCCGCAGUGCGAUGACCCCUUCCACAACAACCACUCGCUGAACAUGCUGGAGUCGCCCUGUAUGGGGGGAAGAAAGGGAAGGGAUGGCCUAUUCCCCGCAACCUCGUGCAUCAAGAUCGCGGGAGUUUUUGACGACAAUGGCGAGUCGAUAACUGUGCGUGGAUGUGGACUCGACUCCGGUACAGCGACCACAGAUACAGAAAUCAUACGCAUGUCGCACUGCGGAAGGUUUUACUAUAACGACAGGUACGUCCACGGCUGUCUCCAAAGCUGCAACGAUGCAGACGCAUGCAAUUCUUCCUCACAAACUACCUCGGAUCUGGCCCUCAUAACAGUUAUUACCCUUAUCACUAUAUCUUCCUUCAUUUCGAUAACUACCCUCAUUUCGUUUAACUUCACACAAUCGCGGAGCUAACAGAGUUCAAAUAAGAUUGCCUGUAUCAAUUUACUCUGUAAGAUAUCAUUUAACGCUUAAGUAGAUCAUUGAGGUAUAUAUAUAUACAUGACACAUGAAACCGUUUUGACAAAUUCUCGUUUCAUGAAAGUACGUUUUAUUAGACGUAGAUGAUUUUUUUUCUGUUUAAUAGUUUUUCGUUUCGUCACAGUUCUGUUUUGUCGGAUCCAAAAUGCAAAUCAUUAUGGGUACCUAAUGAAUGUAUAUUUUCUAAAAUGAACAAGGUCACCACUGAUGACCAGUUAUAAAAUGUUUGUCGUAGCGCUAUGGAAUUCAAACAAAAGAUGUUAACAAUUAAAAUAGUAGAAUAAAAGUUUCUGGAUUAAUGAAAAUAAAUAAAUAAAUAUAC